AUGAAAAGUCCAAGUACUCUAAAAGAGGUUCAAAAGUUGGCAGGUCGUCUCACUUCACUCUCUCGGUUCCUUCCUUGCCUGGCUGAUAUAGCUAGACCUAUCUUUCUCUUGCUGAAGAAGACAGAGCAGUUCGAAUGGACCCAGGAAUGUGAAGAGUCAUUUCGACUGUUCAAGGAGCGUCUUAGUACACCUCCGAUCCUUUCCAAACCAUUUGCCAACCUUGACAUGAUUGUGUAUUUAGCUGUCUCAGGCAGUUCAAUCAGUGCUGUCCUGAUACAAGAGAACCAAGACAUACAACAACCUGUGUAUUUUAUCAGCCGGACGCUGCAAGACGCCGAGCGACAUUACCAGCUGUUGGAAAAGGUGGCCUUAGGGCUCAUCUAUGCAGCCCAACAGUUAAGGCAGCACUUCCAAAGCCACAGGAUGAUCGUCCGAAUUGACUGCCCGGUUGCAAAGGUCCUCUGGAAACCAGAGAUUGCCGGUCAGAUGAUGGCAUGGUCGGUCGAGCUCUCAAAAUUUGACAUAUCAUUCGAGCUGAGAGGCCCGAUCAAGUCGCAACAUUUGGCUGAUUUCGUCAACGAGCUGACUCCUCCAGGACGUUUUGAAGACGAGACGUGGACCAUGCAUGUUGAUGGGUCCUCUAAUGCCCAAGGUAGUGGCGCCAGAGUAAUCCUCGCUAGCCCCUCAGGUAUCACAGUCGAACAAUCCCUUCGGUUCGACUUUCGUGCUUCAAAUAACCAAGCAGAACACGAAGCCUUGAUAGCCGGAAUGAGAUUAGCAACCGAGAUGGGCGUCAAGAGAAUCACAUGCUGGACUGACUCUAAAAUCGUGGCCGAACAGGUCAAUGAUAACUUUCAAGUCAAAGACUCCAAUUUGUUGCAAUGUUAUCACCUCUUCCAAAAACUCAAGGACGAUUUCACCGAGGUUCAGAUACGACACGUCUUGAGUAGCAACAAUGAACGAGCCGAUCAUCUAGCUCAGCUCGCCAGCAGCCGAAAGCCAGGACAGUUGCGAACAACCAUUCACCUUGAGAUUCCUUCCCCAAGUGUGACAGUUGAGUGUAUGACAACCGGCACUGAAGCACCGACCUGGAUGACCGCCAUCCGGAGCUUUAUUGUCCAAGGGGAGUUGCCAACUGACCCGGUGGAAGCAAAGAAGUUACGAACACAAGCGGCUCGGUACUCCAUGGUGGCCGAUGAACUCUACAGGAGGGGAUUCUCCACCCCGCUGCUCAAAUGCAUCGACAAUCACCAAGCUGACUACGUAAUAAGGGAAAUCCACGAAGGUAUCUGCGGAUCAAACUCAGGGGGACGAACUCUGGCAGCCAAAGUCUUGCGUGCCGGCUACUAUUGGCCAACCCUGAAAGGAGAUUGCGCCGAGUUCGUUAAAAAAUGUGUGCAAUGUCAAAAGCAUGGAAACCUCAUCCACGCGUCAGCCGCCGAGUUGCACAGUAUCAGCUCCCCAUGGCCGUUUGGGUUAUGGGGCAUAGACGUACUUAGACCAUUCCCCGUGGCAAAAGGACAGGUCAAGUUUCUUUUGGUCACAGUAGAUUAUUUUACAAAGUGGAUAGAAGCCGAACCGCUCGCCUGCAUCUCCGCAGCCAAUGUCCAGAAGUUCGUUUGGAAAAAUGUGGUUACCCGCUUCGGCAUCCCGUACGCCAUCGUUUUCGACAAUGGCCUUCAAUUUCCUGUCAAGAAGAUCAACAUUUUCCUUGAAAACCUCGGCAUUUGGCACCGGUUCACAUCAGAUGAGCACCCUCAAUCAAACGGACAGGUCGAAGCAGCCAACAAGGUUAUACUCACUGAACUCAAGAAGAGACUCGGUUCGGCAAAAGGAGCAUGGGCCAAAGAGCUACCGGAAGUCCUUUGGGCAUACCGGUGUACACCACAAUCAACCACCAACGAGACGCCUUUUUGCCUAACAUACGGCGCGGACGCGAUGAUCCCGGUUGAGGUGGGGGAACUGUCAUUUCGGCGACAACACUUUCAUGAGGAGUCUAACGACAGUUCACUCCGAGCCGAACUUGAUGUUCUCGAUGAAGUACGAGAGAAGACACAGGUAGUGGCCGAAGCAUGCAAACAACGCAUGACCCGACGCUUUAAUUCCAACCUAAAGCCGAGGACAUUUCAUGAAGGCUAUCUCGUAUGGAGAGCAACCGGGUUGGCAAGGCGCAACUCAUCCGAAUGA